GUCACCCGAUACUCCAGAAAGUUUUUGAGAAAUCGAUCACAGCAGCGUUAUUGACCUCGUAAAAGAUGAGCUUAGCUGCUUGGGGAUGUUGAUAGAGCGGCAUGUUGCAGUGCAGCCUGUCUGUAGCACAACCUCAUGAGCCAUUCAUAGCAUCAACGCGCACGAACACGAAGGAGGCAGCAUACAAAAGGACCUCUAGCACUCCUACAGUGCCUCAUAACAACAAGAUCUUCAUCUUUGCACCCAGAACACUAUACACUCGUUCCUACCAGACCACCCGCAAAACUCAUUCACCAUGCACUUCUCCACACUCAUCACUGCACUCGCUCUCACCGGCGCCUCAACCGCCUCGCCGCUCUCCACGCGCCAAACCGCCGCGCCCCUUGAGCCCUGGAAAGUCUCGGGCGUGUUCAGCUACAAGCCCUCGUCGCAGCCGGGCCCGGACAAGAACUCGCGCGUCUCGCUGCGCAUCGAGGACCCCAACACGAUCCGCCUGAUGCGCGCCUCGCGCUUCGGUUUCGCGGUGCUCACGCCGCUGACGGCCGACUGCACCAUCACUUGGCCGUAUCCCGAUGGCCAGCCGCCGUUUGGACAGGAGGUGCUGUGUGAGGGGGAUUCGGCGGGUAACUUCAGUGUGGCGCUGGUCCCAGGCAGUGGCGGCGAGACGGUGUUGGAUUUUGGAGUAAAGAUUGUGGAGCGGAGGGAGGUGACGGUGCUGGCGAACAACUACUUUUAUCGCCAGUUUGAGGGUGAGGCGAGCUUCAAGGUCGGUGAAGGUUACGAGGGAAGCUGUGGUGAGGCGGGCGUGUGUGCUGGGCAGUUGGAAGGGGAGGUUGCGGUUGUGCAGGAGCUGACGCAGAGCGUUGGUAGCUGUGAGCAGUACGGCGGUUGCACUUAGUGGUGGCUAAUUCAGCUGUUCGGAGAAGAUAGGUCAGUGGCUGUUAGAGAC